ACAACAACAAGCUACCUAAUUCAGUCUCAUAUCCGUAACACAACCUCAGCCGGUCGUUCGAUAGUCGCUGAUCGUCUUGGCUUGCCUAGGCUCUAAUUUCACAGGCACAGCACAGCAUCUGCGCAGCAAUAUAAAAAUCCAAAACUUCUCUGCUUUUUUUCUCUUCCAACUCCCAUUGCCCACACGCAUCAUGACGGAUAUCACCGGUGUACAAACCCUUUACGACAAGUUUCGUCAUGAUGAAUGGGACCGUUUGGAACUGCAUAGAAUAGAGUAUCAUGUUACACUAACUACCAUCCUAAAGUAUCUGCCGCCUCCACCUGCUCUUGUGGCGGACAUAGGCGGUGGACCCGGUCGAUAUAGCUUGGAAUUAGCUCGACGAGGCUAUCGAGUGACGCUGAUCGAUCUGUCGUCCGUGUUACUGGACAUGGCCAGAACCAAAGCUCAAUGCGAGGGACUCAAUAUUGUCAUUGCCCAGGCCAAUGCUUGUGACCUGUCUCAAGUGGUACCUGAAAAUGACGUUUUCGACGCUGUACUCCUAUUAGGUCCUUUGUACCACCUUGUGCAGUUGAGCGAACGUAGGCAAGCCAUGGCAGAAGCGUUGCGAAUUCUGAAGAAAAAUUCCACAAGCCUUCUUUGUACCUCUUACAUAUCUCAGUUGGCUCAUUUUAGAGAUAUUGCAACGAAAGAUCCUGCACGCCUGGCCAACCAGAGCCAAUUUUAUCGCGACCUCCUCCAAACAGGGAAUUACAAGCAGCUAUCCUACCAUGCUCGUCCUGGCGAUGUAAGAAGCUUGAUCCAAAGCUUUCCUGAGCUCCAAUUACUAGAGUUACGAGGAUGUGAAGGGUUUUUGGGUGGACGGCUGAAUGAAAACAUCAAUCAACUCCCUGAACAUGAAUUCGAAGCCUGGCUACAACUGGUUCUGGAAACAGGUGCCGAUGAAGAGGGUCUUGCCAGUUCAGACCAUUUGCUGGCUAUCUCGAGGCUGAUAAUAUCGAGUCAAGGUGAGCAAGUGGUCCAAUCGAUCGAUGAAAGCUAAGGAACGGAGUUGAAGAGGCCAGAUAAGACAUAUGCGAAGUAUUAUUUCGUCUUUUCAUUAGAAUGGAAUCAAAGAUAUCUGUAUUUCGAGAAAUAAAUUCAAUGUAAAAGGGAACCAUUUAAAUGUAGGAAAGAUCAA